AUGAAGGCAACUGGCGUGAUGCUGAUUGGAACCAAUUCCUCAAACCUCAUUCAGACAGGAGAUCUUAAGAUGGUAAUUAGCUCUCCCAGAAGGAGAGCAAUUCAAACUCGCGAUCUCUUAUUAGAAUCAUUAUCUUCCGAUGAAAAGACAAACAUUCAGUUUCAUAUUGACGAUGAUAUCAGGGAAUGGGAUUAUGGUGAUUAUGAAGGUCUGAAAACAACAGAAAUACUUAAAUUGAGGGAAAGUCGAGGUCUCGGACCUGAUUGGGACAUCUGGUCUAAAGGCUGUGAGAACGGAGAAGAUUAUAUACAGGUUACGAAGAGAGUGGAUGCAGUGAUAGAUCGGAUUCGUGCAGUACACAAAAAAGCGUUAGAAGCAAGUCAAGCUUGUGAUGUGCUUGUUGUCGGCCAUGGCCAUAUUCUGAGGUGUUUUGCCGCGCGCUGGUUGAAAAGAGAAAUCAACCAAAAUCCUCAGCUUAUUUUGGACGCCGGGGGGGUUGGAGUUCUCAGUUACCAACACAACAACAUUAACGAACCUGCCUUAUCGCUCUCCGGGGCUUUCGUUGUUAACGACGAUGACGUAAGGUGA